GAAGCGGCGAGGAGCCGACGAGCAAAGCAGAAAAAACAAAGCGAAGGCGGAAAAUGGUUGUUGGGGAGGCCGCUGCAGGCAACGAGAUGAGCCUGUCGAACAUGGUGCUGGGGUUCUACGAGGAUGCCGAGAGGGAGAGGUGGCCGGAGGACCCUGCCGCCGAUGGCAGCGACGACGAGAUGUCCAGCGGCGGCGCCGAGAGCAGGGCGUUCUGGCAGGAGCAGCGCUCGCAGUUGCAUGAAGCACUGGCCAAGACAAGCUCAGCUGAGAGCAGGAUCCAAGCGGACACGGAGGAAGCCGUCAGGCAGAUGCGCGCCGCGGCCGGCGUCUGCUCCUGCGCGGGCCGCGCGGCGGCCGGCUGCCGGGGCUGCGCGCUCCGGUUUGUCACCGAGCGGCUGCGCGACGCGGGGUACAACAGCGCGACCUGCAGGUCCAAAUGGUCGCGCUCGUCAGACAUCCCCCCAGGUGAGCACACGUACGUGGACGUGGUCGUGCCGACGAGGAGCGGCAAGGCGGUGCGGGUGGUGAUCGAGCUCAACUUCCGCGCGGAGUUCGAGAUGGCGCGGGGCGGCGCGGAGUACAAGGCGCUGGUGGCGUCCCUGCCGGAGGUAUUCGUCGGCCGGUCAGAGAAGUUGAGGAACGUGAUCAAGGUCAUGUGCGCCGCGGCGAAGCAGUGCGCGCGCGAGAACAACAUGCACAUGGCCCCCUGGAGGAAGCACCGGUACAUGGAGGCCAAGUGGCUCGGCACGUCGGAGCGGGUCGCGCCGGGUACCGGAGCAGGCGCCGCGGUGGCGGUCGGCCCGCCGGAGAAGCAGCCCAAGUUCAGGGCUUCCAUGCUCACGCUCGACUUCGGUGGCCGGGCCGCGGUGGAGGUCGUGUGAUGUAUGAGACUGCUGACGAUGAGUUCACCGUGAGAAAGGGACCCCGGUGGAGUGUGUGCAUGUGUUACUUUCGCGGCUUCUAAUUCUAACCACGAGGAGCAUCUGGUGUGGAGUGAUUACGAAGAUGUCACAGCGCGAGGCUAUGAGACGCUGCUGUAGAUGUAGAUGCAUAGUGCGGUCGUGGAUCAAGCGACUGAAGGUUCCAUGCUGUCCGGUCUCACACUCGAACGUGUGCCAGACGGACUGUACCGAGACGGUCGAACGAGCUACGGUUCCAUGACAUAGUGUACAGCUGAGUAACGAUACAAUAGUUUUCUACUUUAAUUCCAAGGCAUGAUACAUGUGAUUUUUCAAGGCAGCAUCAAGAUUCAGGCAUGCAUUAUACAAGGAUCAAGCGGCGCGAAUGCCACGGUGUA